ACUACUCAGUGAGCUCUGGCAAACACUCGACUUCAUUCUCCGAGAGACGCUUGUGAUUGCACACCGAACAUCAUGGAUCGAACGGCAGCUUCCCAACUCCUCUUCCUGGCGUGUUCCGUCAUUCUGGUCCAUCAAGGCAGCUCUGCAGAGUGCUCGGUGAACGUAAACUCUCCGAAUUUUCCGUCGCCUCAACCGCUGCUGCUCAACCGAAACGCAGACAAGGACCUGAGCAGCUUCCUGGCGCCGGACGCACGCGGCGACAUCGUGGUCAGCGAGGGCACGCAGCUGCUGUUCGCCUGUCCUGACUCCGGGUUCAAGCUGAUCGACGCGCAGACUCUGAAUGCCACCUGCGUCUCUGGCACCGUCUUCAGCGUAGACGGAACCGCCUACACGAUCUCAGCACUCGCCUGCAAGAAGCUGCCCAGCGCCAGCGCUGUCAACACCGGCGCACAGUGCUAUGUCAAUGCAGUAAAGGUACAGAUCGGCUUCACGGUGGAGGAGGAGUUCAACAAACUGUACGAAGUGUGCUUCGACACGAAGGAGCUGACACCGUUGUUUACAAAAGCCACCGUCAUCGCCGGCAUCAAGGGCUUCCAGGCCUCCUUCCCCAGACCCGAUCAAUGGGAGCAGGGCCAACUGUACGGCUCAGUGGACAUGUCAAACCAGUACAGGACUCAGCGGGACACCCUCGUGAAUCUACUAGGUGCGACGCCCGAGAACAUGAGCAAGAACUACCUCAGCAGAGGACACCUGGCCUCCAAGGCGGACUUCGGGCUGGGCGUGCAGCAGUCGGCUACCUUCUACUACGAAAACUCGGCCCCACAGUGGUACGCCUUCAACUCCGGCAACUGGAACCAGCUGGAGUUGGACGUGCGCGACUUCGCCAGCAACAACAACUUCGACCUUGAGGUGUACACGGGCACUUACGGUACACUGCAACUCGAGGACAAGAACGGCAACCAGACGGACAUCUACUUAUACGUAGGCACGUCGGAGAAGAAGGUGCCGGUGCCUAAGUUCUUCUGGAAGGUCGUCUACGAGCCGAAAUCUAAGCGGGCGAUUGUGUUCGUGGGCGUAAACAAUCCCUACCUCAGUUCCAGUAAGCUUCCAGAAGAGUACAGGUUAUGUAAGCAGGACGCCUGCAGAGUGAACUGGCUGCACUGGAAACCAACCAACCAGACGGCCGGCCGGGCUUACUGCUGCGAGUACGGCGAAUUCAAUGACAAAGUGCCUUACCUUCACCUCGCGGUGGAGGGAACCUUUUCGCUGUCCGGCGUGGAGGCGACGUCGGCUCUUAAGCUGAUGACCAUCGCCUGCAGUGUGUGGCUGCUCGUGCGACACUCGUACAACUAGGAUCACGCACAAACUGCUCGUCUCAGUUCGAACUACUUAUGCCUUCCAGACAUUUCCCUACAAAGGAUGACGACUAACGACUCUAUCAAGGUUUAGCACUUGUGUUUUGCGGAAUAUCGUCUCACAAGUAAAUACGCUGAAUUUGGUGUACUGUCGUAGUGUUAUGUAAACCUGCACGUCCAUUGCGUCUCGACGCCUACUUUAGAAUCUGGUUUUGAAUUCAAAUACAAUUUAUGAUGACAAACUUCAAGACAGCUCAAGUUCAACGUGCUGAUAUUGGCUGGCUACCCGCAUAUGAUAACUCGUUAGCAAGUGAUCCACGACCUCAUAAAGGGAUGCAAGUGUGUUUGCCAGUAAUUGCGGGGCAACUGAUACGGCUUUCGGUUGUUCUCUCGAUGCAUCACUGCGCUAGCAAAGGCAGGAGGUGUACAGGACUGGCCCAGUUCCCGUCAGUAUCUUUCGACUAGCUAUUAGUCAACGAAUGACGCCAUAUUAAUGACGUGAUGAAGCCCCUCAUGUUUCGCAAUGGCAUGGGCAUCACAAGUGACAGUUUCCUACAGCAAGCCAUGGUAUGUGGUACUGCUAUCCACAUGUGAAACAAAAGAACGAACAUAAUAGAUGACUGCACUAAUAUCAACAAAUGUAACAACGUAAUGUUGAAAUAUAGCUUCUCCGUUUCACACAUAAAGAAAUUGCUUCAUAAAAUUGAUCGUAGUACUAUGUAGUUCACAUUUAGGUAUGACUUUCAGAAUAAAAUGCAGCAAAUGAAGCUAACGAACUGAAACGUGAUAGACUGAAUGUACCUCACUAACCAUGGUGUCUAACAAACAUUGCUGCUUUUUGGUUUAUGUAUGUUGCUCUUUAAUUUGUGUGUAUAACGAAUAAAAAGUAUUUAAUAUCACAAAUCGAUGAAAUUGUUAUCAGUUUACCUAUACAUAUUUGAAUAAAGAUAUGAAAUAAAAUAAAACUAAAAGUUCAAGAAA